AUGCAAGAUAUCACCAAACCUAGUCGAGCUCUGCUUCGAUCAACAUACAAUGAUGAAGACAUUCCCAGCAAUUCAGCAUAUCAUCUCGCCGACAACGGAGAUUUGAAUCAGCGGUACCUCCGAAUUAUUGAUAUGUCAUGGAUGCGUGCACGCCUUCCGAAGAUCUCACGAGGGCAAUCUUUACUUCCCUUUGCCGAUACUAGGCGCAAUCAAGCUCCCCCACCUAUAGCAAGCAUCUCGGUGCCUAAUACUUCCCAAACGUCGGGGCGUAGGAUUCGGCGCGUUCGAAGGCAAGAUAGCUCGGACACUCGAUCCGAGCAAAGUGCAAGGGACCGCCGACGUGGCCCCCAUGAAAUUCGGAAUGAGGAGUUGGCAGAUUUCUUCAAGCCGAUGCUUGAGGAAGACUUCACCGUGAUAUUUAUCUGUUGGGGCAGAAAAGAGCGCUGCCGGAUUGUUCCGGUGGUGAUCACUGACCCAACUAAUGAGGUUACCGCGUGGCAAGCAAUUUCCCGGGAGUUUUACGCACAGAGAGGCGUUUGGGCGAAAUAUUUGCCAUGGUUUUGUGUGAAUAAGGUGGAAAUUGUUGAUAUUUCUAUUGCAGGGCAGAAGCUGGCCAAUGAUCAUCGAUCGACAGGCAUUGAAUAUGUUGGUAUAUAUAACAGUGAAGAUUUGGUUGCCAAAAGGAAGCAUUUGGAGCAAGUCAUCGCGGAUUACAAGCCUCAGGAUUGGCCUUGUCCGUAUGACAUUUCUACAGGGUCCGUGGUUUGUCUCUAUGAUUGUGUAACGAGCUAUGCGGAUUAUGUAGAAUGCCCUGAGAGGACUAAAUUCAGAGCGGAACGUGAGCUCUCGCUACUCAGUCUCCGGCCUAUACUUACCCAGUGCUUCUUUCAAGCUAAGAUUGCUGCACACAAUCACCUCCUUAGCAGGGAGAGAUUAAUACAUGGUCACCAGUAUGGGUCUCCCUCGUUCGUCAACAACUAUGAUCGAGAAGUACUGAUCUUCAAUCAAUAG